AGUGGACACGUAUGGCGUCAGACUCCUUGCGGUCUCAUUCUCUCUUUCUGUUUGAAGGGGAACUUUAGUUCACGUGUGUACUCAUACCAAGAAACUAUGCAACAUAAGUCUAUGGUUAUGUUAUUUUCUCCACCCCCUCUUUUGUUACACAGUCCUGGCGUUGCAAAAACAGACACUAACUGCGCGGUCGCAGUCGUUAGCUAGUAAGAUAGCUAACUACUGACCCUCCUCCCCCUGCGGCCUGACUGGAAAUGAGUGAAGAUGUCGGUUUCGGGGCUGAAGGCCGAAUUAAAGUUCUUGGAGUCAAUUUUUGAUCCAAAUCAUGAACGUUUCAGAAUUAUUGAUUGGAAACCAGACGAGCUCAGCUGCCAGUUUAAUGUGACUGGGGAAAAGUUAUUGAUCAUCCAUUGCAACAUCACGGAGUCUUACCCUUCAACUCCACCUAUAUGGUUUGUGGAAUCAGAUGAUCCAAGUCUGACAGAGGUGUUGGAGAGGCUGGAAGAUGUCCGGAGAGGUAGUACUCUGCUCCUCCAGCAGUUAAAAAGGCUGAUCUGUGAUCUUUGUCGACUCUAUAACCUGCCCCAGCAUCCUGAUGUGGAGAUGCUAGACCAGCCUCUUCCUGCUGGACCCAUCAGUCAUGAGAGAAAGCAUGCAACAACAGAUGAAGUAACAUCUGAAGAAGAGGAAGAGGAAGAAAUGGCAGAGCAGGAUAUUGAAGAUCUAGACCACUAUGAUAUGAAAGAGGAAGAACCUGUAGAUGGUAAAAAGUCAGAUGAUGAUGGUAUAGAUAAGGAGAACCUUGCCAUUCUAGAGAAAAUUCGGAAGAACCAGAGGCAAGACCACUUGAAUGGAGCGGUAUCCGGUUCUGUUCAGGCCUCAGACCGUCUCAUGAAGGAACUCAGGGAGAUCUAUAGGUCACAGAGUUACAAGACAGGAAUCUAUUCAGUGGAGCUUGUCAACGACAGUCUUUAUGAAUGGCAUGUCAAGUUGAGGACGGUAGAUCCAGAUAGUCCAUUGCACAGUGACUUGCAGGUCUUGAAGGAAAAAGAAGGAGUGGACUACAUUCUGCUCAACUUUUCUUAUAAAGAUAACUUUCCUUUUGAUCCUCCCUUUGUACGGGUAGUGUCUCCUGUACUCUCCGGAGGCUAUGUUCUGGGAGGAGGAGCUUUGUGUAUGGAACUUCUAACUAAACAGGGCUGGAGCAGUGCCUACUCUAUAGAGUCUGUCAUCAUGCAAAUCAAUGCCACCCUGGUGAAAGGGAAGGCUAGGAUACAGUUUGGAGCAAAUAAGAACCAGUAUAAUCUUGUGAGAGCACAACAGUCAUACAAGUCUUUGGUCCAGAUUCAUGAAAAAAACGGCUGGUACACACCCCCUAAAGAAGAUGGCUAAGAGCCCCCUUCUUGCACACUGGGAAUAUGAGAUUUCUGAUGAACCAUUUGCUGUUUUAUUUUCAUAAUGUUAUUUCCUUCAAAUUCUUCGCUUCAUGUGGAGUGUGAGGUCCCACUCGGAAAUGCUUCUCUCUAUCUAACCUCUCUUCCCCAUUACUUGUUGUUUAUCCUCCUCUCAUCUCUUGUUUUCUCUGGUUUAAUACGGGAAAAGAGGGAUGUGUGAGACCCAGAACCUUGGUACUAAUGCGUGUCUUUUGCUGAGUGAUUUUUAGAUGCCACCAGACACGUCUGUUUUUACUGACUGGAGCGACAGGUAUGGCUCCUUAACAGAGAUAGAUGAAGUUUUUUUAUUUUAUUUUAUCCCUUGUCUGCUUUUAUUGGAUGUUUUUACCAUCAAGGCUUCAGACUUUUGGCGAGGGGUGGGGGAGUGUUUGAUCUUCGGACAAGAAUCGAUGCAAUAAGAAACAACGUGAAGACAAGCCAUUUCUCUCUUAUCUGUUAGCACCGAUAUCUUCCGUAUUUUUUGCAUUCAGUUUUACCAUGUAUUGGUACAUUUAAUGCUGAUAUUGUUAAAGAAUCAUUACUUGCCAGUGUUUUGUUCAAUCUCUAUAGGAAGCCCCUAUGUUAAUGAUAAAGGGAUAAGGGAGAGUAGGAUUUGUAUCUAGUUCAAAUAUUAACUUUGGACGAAUACCACUCAAUUGUCAGUUUCUUGCUUUAUCCUGUGGCUAAUCUAACCAGAAAUGGGCAAACACAGUUCUGACUGGAAUGGGGGGGAAGAGUAUGUGUCAUCAUUGUUAUGUAGCUACACAGAAGUCUGCUUGUAUACUUGUAAAUGGAUUUGUGGUCCAAGACUCUAUUGUGCCGUUUAUGUGAAGUAAGUUCUUUUUCGGCCUUUGGAUGUGCCACGUUACACAACAAGUCAGAGUUCUGAUGGGGCCUAAGACCUUGAGGGUCAUUUGUAUGUUUUUUGGGCUGUUGAAGGUUAAGUAGGAAGAGCACAUACAAGUACAACUUUAUUGUCAGGGUUUGUGAUCUAUUUUUUCUUGAGUCUGAAGAUGUCAUUCAUUUUCUGUUUUUAAAGUUCACUUGCAGACAAAGAUUUACCAAUUUACCUUAAGUUGUCAGCUAAACAUUGGAGGCACUUGGUGGCAUAGGGUAAAAUCCAUUGAUGAGGAGGAAUAAUUCUUUGCAUAAUUGAGAGGUAUAUUAACAAUUAUUUUUGCAUCUCCAUCAUUAAAAACAACUUUGAGAACUUUCAGGUCUAUGAGACAUUGUUACAGUGGAUUAAGCUUGCAAAAACUCAUUGAAUCAGUGUUGAUUUGCACACUUCUCAGCAGUCACUCCAAACCAGGCAUGUUAAUUUGGGGGUAUCUUUGAAUUUUCAGUGGCAACUCGGGGAAAGAAAACAGUGUCAGCUACUUUAAUGAUCUCUUGGUCAGUGCUGUGGUGUUUUUUGUUGUUGUUGUUGUUGUUGUUGUUGUUGUUUUUGUAUGUUUUUGUAUGUUUUUCUUCUUUACUGAAUAAUUCAGUAUCACAAUAUGUUUUAAUAUGUUCAAGAACUAUGUUUAUUUAAAGAGGAGUGCAAAGAUGUCAAGAAUCAGGCCUUCAUUAUGAUUGAUUGUGUCUCAUUCCAAUAAAGGCCAUCCUGUGAUAACAUGGUCAUAUUUGUAUAGGUCAUAGUCUUAAAGAUGACCUAGGAUGUAAGAAAUCUUUCUUGAUCAUUUUGAUCUUUUGGCACAAGAUAUUGUAUGCCUCCUUGUCAUGAUUGUCAUGUCCAGAUUUGAGAUUACAGGAAAGCCAUAUGUAACACUGUCUUGCAGAUCAUAGAUGCAAUUUUUCAUGUGUUUUGGAUUGCUUUCAAGCAUAUGUUGGUUAUUGAUCUUGUCAUUCCUUUUCAGUGUGUCUGACACAUUCUCUUAAGAGCAGCAUAGCUGAGUACUGUUAUCUGCUCAAUGAUGCUGCUCUCUUGUUUUCACUGUAUAAUUUUGUUUGUUUGUUUAUUUAAUUUGGGAAUUUACAGUCUACACCUUGUGAAGUAAACAAUACUGAUUUUGUUGUAAUCAAACUGGGCUGCUGUUGCAAACAGUGUGCUACUAUGUAUGACUGAACAACAAAGACUUUUUUUUUUUUUUUUUUUUUUCCUUCAAAAACCUCAGAUUGACCAAUCACGGUGUUCUCUCUCGGUGGACUAGUUAACUUACUCUUGGCAUGCUUAAGUUUAUUUUGUUUGUUUGUUUUUUCAUUGCAAGGUAAUUUUGACCAUGUACAGUAAGAUUUGUAAACUUGUAUCAAGUUUACAAAUAAAGGAUUUUAUGAGGGUUA